CAAGGGUUCCUUCAUUUCACAAAUCUUUGGCUGUGCAAUGGGGAGUAAAAUCAGUCCCAUUUUGGCUAAUAUAGUCAUGUCAGUGCUUUUGAAAUAUUGCAUUCCUCUACUGCCCUUCCAGGUGCCGAUUACCUAUCAAUAUGUUGAUGACCUUCUCCUUGCUAUUCCCGAAGACAGGACUGCUACGACUUUGGCAGUUUUCAAUAACUACGACCCACACAUUAAGUUUACUGCAGAAGAAGAAACUGAAAAUGGUGUCCCAUUCCUUGACACCAAAGCUAUCAGGUGUGCAGGUAACAUUGUAAAAUUGGAUUGGUACCAAAAACCGACCUCUUCAGGUCGCUAUAUACAUUAUAGUUCCAACCAUUCUUGGGCUAUGAAAACUAACUUAAUUAAAGGUAUGUUUCGUAGAAUUAAGAAAAUCUGCCAUCCAGACUUUCUUCAUAACAGUGAAGAAAAGUUGCUUAAGAUCUUUGAGAACAAUGGUUACCCUAGGAUGUUUUUGAACAGAUGUCUGCAUUCUCUAACUUCUGACCAAGUCGACGAGGUCCCACAAAUAAGAACAUCGACAUUAGUCGAACCUGCCACACAUGACAAAUAUGUAAGCCUGCCCCUCAUUCCACCAUUAACAGGCGUUCUUUUCAGCCAAACUAAAGAUAGGAUCCACACCAUGUCUAGAUCUGACGUGGUUUAUCGCAUUCCAUGUGAGAACUGUGAGUCUGUGUAUGUUGGACAGACAUCACAAUGUUUGAAAAGACGUAUCUCAAUACAUAAGAGUGACGCCAGAUUACGACCUGAUAGAUGUGCAUUAGCUAGCCAUUCGUCCUCUCUAGACCACCAUUUUAAGUUUGAUGAAGUUGAAAUAUUAUGUACCAAUUCUAACUAUAAUAAAAGAAGUUUCCUUGAAAUGUGUUUUAUAAAUGAAAAUGAAAAUAAUAUAAAUAAGAAGACUGACUUGAAGAAUUUAAGUGUUGUAUAUAGUUAUUUGUUAUCCUUAGAUCGUAGGCCAUCUAGACAAACAUGACUUUAUGUCACUUUGUGAAUUGUUGUUUUCUCUGUGUUCCCCUGUUCUGUGAGUUUUAACCUUUAAAAUUGACAUAUGCAUUACGGCAACGUUUCUGAUAUUUCUACGAUUAUUGUAUUUUUAUUGAAUUUUAUGAGUAGAAGACCUAUUGU